GGAAGUGGGCGGCGUGAGGCGGCCGGGAGGGAGGCGGCGGCGCCGGGGCCAUGGAGGCCUCUGAUAAAGGGGCCUUCGUCCUCGGCAACUUAGCCGAGGUGGUGGAGCGCGUCCUGGGCUUCCUGCCCACUAAGGCGCUGCUGCGCGCCGCCUGCGUCUGCCGCUUGUGGCGGGAGUGCGCCCGGCGGACCCUGCGGGCGCGGCAGCGGGUGGCCUGGGUGUCGGCGCUGGAGCCGGGGCCCGGCGACAGCCACGCGCUGGUGCGGGCGCUGGCCCGCGAGCUGGAGCAGGUGCAGGUGCUGCCGCAGACCGUGCUCUACGUCGCGGACGCGGAGACGUUCAGCGGGCACGAGGAGUGUCACGAGCAGAAGAGAGCCAGGAAAAGAAACAGUAAAGAAACAGCAACUGCUCUGGAAAAAUUGUUGCCAAAGCGGUGUCAGGUCCUUGGACUCGUCACACCAGGGAUUGUAGUUACCCCGAUGGGCUCAAGCAGCAAUCAGCCUCAAGAAAUUGAAGAAGGUGAAGCUGGUUUUGCUCUGUUGUUUCCCAAAAUCGAUGGGGUGAAGAUUCAUACCUUCCAUUUUUCAAAAGACUUGAAGUACAGGAUCUUCGAUGAAAGUAAAUUUGCUGAAGCAGGUCUGAAGAAUAACCCGGAUCUUCGGGUGGUUCUUCUGUUUGGCUACAACUCCUGGAAAUCUGGAGCAACUCGAUUUCUUCAUCAAAUAGUCAAUCCUUUGAAUGAGAAGAGUAUCAUCCUGGCUGGGGGACAAGUGGAGAGCUUUACAUCACUGACCUCUGAGAACAGCAGCGCCCAGCCUGGCAAUUCCUGUGGGGUGGUGGGGCUGGCCUUCAGUGGCCCCCAGAUCCAGAGUGCCACCGUCUUGUUAGACCAGGACGUCGCUGACGAGAGGACAGCGGAAGCCGCCAUGCAGCGCCUGAAGGCCGCCAACAUUCCCGAGCGCAACACCAUCGGCUUCAUGUUUGCCUGUGUUGGCAGAGGAUAUCGGCAUUAUAAAACCAAAAGGAACAUGGAAGCGGAUGCAUUCAGGAAGUUUUUUCCUAAUGUCCCCCUCUUUGGCUUUUUUGGACAUGGGGAAAUAGGAUGUGAUCGAAUAGUUACUGGGAAUUUUGUAUUGAGAGAGUGUAACGACAUAAAGGAUGACGUGCUUCAUGGUUAUACUACCGUUAUGACUCUGAUCCAUCUGGGUUUAACUAAAGCAAACCAAGUGUAAAUAUGUUUUUAAUGCUUCACUGAGCUGCUUGUUUCAUUCCAGAAAGCUGAGAAGUCAGGAGGAAGUGGACAUCUUGCAGUCCAAGCCCCUUCCAACAUGUAAACGUAAUUUUGGUAACGUUAUCGAAUCUUGUAGUUGCAAUAGAGUUUAAUAUAAUAGCUGUGAGAGAGGUUUGCAUUUUGUGGCAUCCCCUGUACACAUCAGAAUUGCAGGUAAAUGAUACCUGAUGGAAUUCUGCAAUUGAAGAAGGCCUCUUCCAAAAUGAGAAUGGUCUGCACAAAUGUCAGUUGGAGUACAAGUAUCAACAUGUAGAAAGAAACUUUACUUUUAUGUGCUCUAUUUAUGUAUGUAAAAGUCUAGAAAAAUUACUGAUGCAUUCUGAGAUGCUGAUGCAUAGAAUUCAUUAUUUCGUGGAGUUUACUUCUGGAGAGAUUCACAACCUGUCCAGACUUGAGUCCAAUUUACAGAACUGAAUGGUUUUACUAGAUAAAAUGAAUGAAAAUCUUUAGAGAAAAAUUAACAAAGUGUUUGUUAAAUAAAGAUGAAAAUAGGUAAAAGUA